ACAGCUUACAAGAUACACAGAUCUUGGUAGACACUGUGGCUGCAGACAGUUGAACUGGAAUUCCCUGCGGCUCUCUGAGGGCAGGGUGUCUGCAGAGCAGUGGGCCCUGUUCCUGCACCUUGCAUCAUGCCAGCUUUGUCAACGGGAUCCGGGGGUGACACAGGUCUCUAUGAGCUGUUGGCUGCUCUGCCAGCCCAGCUGCAGCCACAUGUGGAUAGCCAGGAAGACCUGACCUUCCUCUGGGAUAUGUUUGGUGAAAAAAGCCUGCAUUCAUUGGUAAAGAUUCAUGAAAAACUACACUAUUAUGAGAAGCAGAGUCCAGUGCCCAUCCUCCAUGGUGCGGCAGCCUUGGCCGAUGACCUGGCCGAAGAGCUUCAGAACAAGCCAUUAAACAGUGAGAUCAGAGAGCUGUUGAAACUACUGUCAAAACCCAAUGUGAAGGCUUUGCUCUCUGUACAUGAUACUGUGGCUCAGAAGAAUUAUGAUCCUGUGUUGCCUCCUAUGCCUGAAGAUAUUGAUGAUGAGGAAGACUCAGUAAAAAUAAUCCGUCUGGUCAAAAAUAGAGAACCACUGGGAGCUACAAUUAAGAAGGAUGAGCAGACUGGGGCGAUCAUUGUGGCCAGAAUCAUGAGAGGAGGAGCUGCAGAUAGAAGUGGUCUUAUUCACGUUGGUGAUGAACUUAGGGAAGUGAACGGGAUACCAGUUAAGGAUAAAAGUCCUGAGGAAAUAAUACAGAUUUUGGCUCAGUCUCAGGGAGCAAUUACAUUUAAGAUUAUACCCGGCAUCAAAGAGGAGACACCAUCAAAAGAAGGCAAGAUGUUUAUCAAAGCCCUCUUUGACUAUAAUCCUAAUGAGGAUAAGGCAAUUCCAUGUAAGGAAGCUGGGCUUUCUUUCAAAAAGGGAGAUAUUCUUCAGAUUAUGAGCCAAGAUGAUGCAACUUGGUGGCAAGCAAAACACGAAGGUGAUGCCAAUCCCAGGGCCGGCUUGAUCCCCUCAAAGCACUUCCAGGAAAGGAGACUGGCUCUGAGACGACCAGUAACAUUGGUUCAGCCCCUGAAGGUUUCCAACAGGAAGUCAUAUGCUGACUAUGCUGGUAACAACAGUGGAACCUAUAUAGCUGGUUUUAGAAGAAGUUUUCGGCUUAGUAGAAAAGAUAAGAAGACAAAUAAAUCCAUGUAUGAAUGCAAGAAGAGCGAUCAGUACGACACAGCUGACGUGCCCACGUACGAAGAAGUGACGCCGUAUCGGCGACAAACGAAUGAGAAAUACAGACUCGUUGUCUUGGUUGGUCCUGUGGGAGUAGGGCUGAAUGAACUGAAACGAAAGCUGCUGAUCAGUGACACCCAGCACUAUGGUGUGACAGUGCCCCAUACUACCAGAGCAAAAAGAAGCCAGGAGAGUGAUGGCGUUGAAUACAUUUUCAUUUCCAAGCAUUUGUUUGAGACAGAUGUACAAAAUAACAAGUUUAUUGAAUAUGGAGAAUAUAAAAACAACUACUAUGGCACAAGUAUAGACUCAGUUCGGUCUGUCCUCGCUAAAAACAAAGUUUGUUUGUUGGAUGUUCAGCCUCAUACAGUGAAGCAUUUAAGGACACUAGAAUUUAAGCCCUAUGUGAUAUUUAUAAAGCCUCCAUCAAUAGAGCGUUUGAGAGAAACAAGAAAAAACGCAAAGAUUAUCUCAAGCAGAGAUGACCAAAGUGCUGCAAAGCCCUUCACCGAAGAAGAUUUUCAAGAAAUGAUUAAAUCUGCACAGAUAAUGGAAAGUCAAUAUGGUCAUCUUUUUGACAAAAUCAUAAUAAAUGAUGACCUCACUGUGGCAUUCAAUGAGCUCAAAACAACUUUUGACAAAUUAGAGACAGAGACCCACUGGGUACCAGUGAGCUGGUUACAUUCAUAACUAAGAGAAAUUUCCAUAAUUGUCUUUUUUAUAGAGUGCAUGAUGAAAUCAAUUACUGUUUUGGUAGUAGGGUUUUAAAAUCUAUAUCACUGUCAUAGAUGUACAAUUUUGGUUCAGGUUGAAUGCUGGUUUGUUUGUACCUUUUUACAGCCUUAUUUCAAGUACCAUAUGUGAGUAUAAGAUCUGAAAUCUAAAUGUGCACCAUACUGUAUUCUUAGCAAAACCUCAAACCUUCUGGCUGUCUUUGAUACAGCUCUAUCUCCAAGAUGAGGCUGAGAUUUUCAGAGAGAUCUAGCUAGAGGCUUAGUAUGUAUUAGAGUUCAGUGCUCCAGCUGGUCUCAGGUGUGGCUGCUGCUGUCAAGUUUGAAUGUUAGCCCUUGAAGGUAUCAAUUCAGUAGCCAUGAGCAGCUCCAGACAGACAGGACAGCUUUGCUAUUUCCAGUGGAUCAUCACAGAUUUAGCUGGGCUGGCAGUAAGGCAUCCUUCAAAAGUGCAGACUUUUUCUUACAUACUCGCAAUACGUUCACAGUGUGUGCAUUUUAAAAUCAUUCUUAAAGGAGUAGCUGAAAUUUUACCUUGAGUGAAUGGCCUCCUAGUAUAGCUUGAGAAGUCUUUUUGAGUGCCUGUCAGUGACUCAACAACUAUUUAAUAAGGGAAAGUAGACUUUUAACAGUUAUAAGUAACUAAAAGCCUUUCCUUGUGGGAUUAGUAUUAGUACCAAUGAUAGAGUCUUGUGGCAAGAAAUGAUUACAAAGGGUAUUUUUAUUUGUAAAUCCUCAGAAGACAUUUAUGAAGUCACCCAAAAUGUUAUUUUAGCUGUUUUUGGAUUUUCCCAAUAAAUUAGAAGAAGAAUUUCUAUUCAAUUAAAUAAAAACUAAAGAUUAUUUUUCAUAUAUGUGCAAUAGAUCACCCUCUCUUUAAGUUGCUCUAAGAUGUGUUUUAGAAAACUUUUCAUAUAAUGUUAAUUUAUUUAUUUGUCAUCAAAAUGAUUUUAAAUACAUCCAGACACCAUCCUAACCUUGCCAUUGUUAAAGAAGUUUAAGAAAGACUCUUAUAUUGUAAAUAUUUAGAUGGGAUCUCUCACUUUUCUUUGAUACUACUGAUGUUCAGCAAGUGAAUUAUGUAGUUCAAAAUGCUAGAAAUGACUGUACGUUCUAUAAGAGAACAUAUCCUGCCAUUCUUGCAUGCAGUGAAGCCCUGCCAAUCGAAAAUCGUUGCAUCUGUGACUUUCAAAGAAGAAAAAAAAUGUUAUUUUUUGUUGAUUUGUAAAGAGAGUUUAAAUGUCAUGUUAAAAAAAUAGAAUGUAGUAAAAUUUUAUAUAUUUAUGAAAUAUUUGAAAGGCAUAUUUUUUUAAAUAUCAAAUGGGGCUAUUCAUAAAAUAAAUUGAUUGUAUGUCAAGGUGUCCUAAUUUAAAAGAGUAAUUUUGUAAAUCAAGGUCACAUUCCAUGUAAAUAGUUGAGCUUUGCACAGAUAGAUCCAAGUAUGCUGUCUGUGCACAGCACAUUUGAUAGCAUGAUUCACUAGUUUUCCUUCAGACUUUUGAAGUUCAUAUUAGAAACAGAGACAGAAACCACUCCCAUGGCCUUGACACAUAGUCACACCAAAACAGAUAAUCAGACUAGAUAUUACACAACAACAUGAUCCAGACAGUGAGUUCUAAGCAUUUUAAUUCUAUAGCAGCAAUUUUGUUUUUAAAAAAUGAAAGAGGGAGGGUUUCUAAUCUGAAGUCUGAAGUAGAUUGUUUGGGUAGCAUAUUCCCUUCUUGGAACAUUGUCUAAAAGUGUCUAUAAAUCAAGACUUCUGGUACAAAGAAUGAUGGGAACUAUGUAAUAAUUCAGGAAAUCACCAGAGUAAUUUAGGUAGUCAAAAUUUUUUACCCUGAAAUACCCACAUUAAAAAAUAAAUGCAGAUAAUUACUUCAGUUCUUUACAUUGGGAACAGAGAUUAGGAUAAAGUGGAAGAAACUGAGGCCUUUUUUGAUGGUGAUAAUAAUGGGAUGUUAUAAAAAUAUAACAUUUUUUAAAAGAAAGGUCCAGACCUGUCUUUAUUUAGGGGCAGAGCUAGAACAAUAUGUUUUAAAUAAUGGGGGGGGGCGGAGAACAGGGGCACUUUGGCAAUUUGAGAAAUCAGGUAGUAUAGAUUAUUUAUUUAUUUUAUUUUUUGGAGGCAGGGUCCUGCCACGUUGCUCAGGCUGGUCUUGAACUCCUGGGCCCAAGCAAUCCUCCUGCCUUGGCCUCCCAAAAUACUGGGAUUACAGAGGUGAUCCACCAUGCCCAGCCAGUAGACAUAGUCUUAAAAAUAGUGUCUACAUGGCCACCUUGAUGCUUAGAAAGAUAUUUGAUUAAAAUUUAAGAAGCAAAGCCAAUUCCAAGAGUUCAUUGUUAGCAGCAGCCCAAAGGCCCUGAAUUCUGUACUUUCUUCCUCCAUUCUCCUUCUCUAGCAAGAAUAGCACUCCUCCCUCUAGAAGCCAGCUCUCAAGUUGGAGUGUCAGCCAUUAUGUAAGAGAAUAGGAAUGUUCACUUUUUAAAGUUUGUAUAUUUAAAAUCCAAGACCAAAAAGGAAAUUCUGUACUUCUAUGAUUGACUAAAGUCAGUUAAACAUAAAAAGGUGAAAUUAAAAUUUAAUUUUUUAACCCUUAUUUUACUGACCAAUAUGGAAGUUCUUGGUAUCUUUAAGGCUGACUUUCCUGGUAUUGUGUAAUGAUUUAAUGUAUCUAAACUGUAAUAAUUUGAAAUUGACAAACGUAACCUUCUCAGACUUACAAAACUAUGUUCUUAAAAUCUUUCUAAAGAUACAGAUUUUUAUUAUUUAUUUUCUUUUGACUAGGAAGGAUUUAUAAAUGUAAUGAAAAAUCUUUGAUCUUAAUAAAGUACCUUCAAACAA